CCUAAGAAUUUAAAGCAAUUUUUUAUUGAAAUCCUCUCAUCUUCCCUAUUACUCUACUACGUUCACAUUCUCUCUCUACUUCACACUCCUUAUUUCUUUCAUGAUGAAAAAGAAGGUUGCCACAAGAAGAGGAACUGGAACCAUAAAACCUCCACGUAACCCUCCACCUUCCAGACCUCAAUCUCACACUCACAUUCAUAUCUACUCACACUCCUCUUUCUCACACUCCUCACAACCGCCUGAGUCCAUGGCAAGAACCAAGACAACAAACCCUAGACCCUCUUCAAUUGCUCAAGAGGUUGGCUCCUCCAAGGUUAAAGUGGCGAAAGGCAAACAGCCCAUGACAGAUGAAGAACCUCCUUCCUCUCCUCCUCCUCGAACCACCCCUCGUCCUCAAAGUCACUCGGUUCCCUCUUCACGUCCACCUAAAGUUAAACAAACAAAAGGAAAAUCCACUAAGGCUACCAAGGAAACAGUUCUUGAGGAAGAAGAGGAAGAAAGUAUUCCUCCUCCAUCCACUACCGGGACUUCCUCAUCUCACAAGUAUCUUAUUAAUGGCAUUGUCAAUGACGUUUUACAAGAAUUUGUUAACCUCACAAAACAAAUGAUAAAUUCUAGCAAACAAGCUAGGAUAUUGGCUCUUCAAAAUGAGACUUUCUUUCGAAAAUUUCAAAGUCGUGUUGAGGUACUGAUGAAAUAUCUUGACUCCUUGGAUGAUGACCAGCCCUUAACCAAUCAAGACGAAGAUAUGAUUGGAACCGAAGAUGAGGGCUCUGAUACCUAG